GGGUGUUCAUUCAAAAUGUAUGCUUAAAAAGUGAAACUAUGAAAAAAUUUUUGGGUGUUCGUUAGGGAUUACUAUACUCAGCUCGACGAGCUCUAUCGAUUGCCUAACUCAGAUUUUAAUUUGGGGGCGUUCGUGGGUGUUCGCGUCUUUUAGCAAUACCCCUUAUUUUACCAUAUGGUACAAAUGAAGAACAAAAUUCCCAUUGAUUUUUCAGUUCUUUGAAAAACGGAAGAACACUUUUUUUAGAGUGUAUGUUUGAGGUACUUAGAUGUUAUUUGAAGACUCUACUCUAGGCUCAGACUUUUCUACUCUACACAACCAUGUCUAUCCAAUAUCUACACGUUGUUUCAAUAUUUGAAACAAUAACGCAGAGUAACGGCAGGUAAGAAGCAGAACUGUGACGCUCACUCAGAAUUCUGAAGAAUUUCCGACUUUUAAAUAAUCAUUUUAGCAAUAAUGUAGAAACUGACGGAAGAGGGUAGGCAUAGGAAUGUUCAACAGAUCCAGGACUAUCUUUCUGACCAGAUCGCUUUUAUCACAGGAUAUCAAAACUUAAAAGGGUUUUCUUGCAUAAGAAGAAUCAGCCAUUCCGAGUGGCGCAAAGUUUGACAAAGAGUAGAAAAAAAAUAGUCAAAGAAUGUGGAGUAAGUGCUUGACACGGUGGAUUUUGUUGAACAGAAAAUUUUGACCCAUGGAAGGGAUCUUGAAAUCGUAAAGAAGGUCGAAAAAAAUUAAAUACAGUAAUAAUUUAUGAUUUUUGGAUCCUUUAUUAUUAGUCACAAAACGUUACAAAAAAUGCUAUUUUUCAAUGAGGAUUAAUUAAAUGACGACGAAGAUUUACAAAAAGUACCUUUGACAAAUCGCUAAUAGAAACAUUAUUUAAUAUUUAAUUAGAUGGAGUAUCAAAAAAAAUACAACCUGUUCCUUUCGUUGCAGUUCUGUUUCUUAUCUGCCGCUACUCUGUGUUAUUUUUUCAAACAACGAGACAACGUUUAACUCUCGGAAGUAUCGAUGCCAUACUUUAAAUCAGUGUGGCACUGAGGCCGGCACUUGCUGAGCAUCGGUGUCAACUAAUACCAGUAACCUACGGCAUGGCAUGCACACCCAUGUACACUAGCAGUACCGUACUGACUUUUACCAGUGUUAUACUGAAAUUUCUUUUUACAGCUAUUGUUAUAAACUUUAUUGUAUAAGAUGAGAAAUAUCAUACAGUGUCCACGGGCAAGUGUUUUAGCACUUACGAUAAGUAGACAUCAAGUAAUCAAUAACACAUAUAAAAUAAUAGGCUACGACUAGAAAACAAGAAAACAAUAAAAAGAUUAGAAAAGGAAAAAACUUCAAGAUAUAACAGAACAGUAAUAGAAAUAGAUGAUAAAAAUAAGAUAAAUAUAAACGUUUAACACUAAUUCACAAUCGAAAGAUGGAAAAAUAUAUGACAUGUAUUAUAAAAGGAAAGGAAACUACUUUGGCACAAAGCAGGUGGAAUGAACAAAAAACUAAAAUCUGAGUGCAUUCAAUAUAUAUUUCAAUUACUGCCUUAUAUAUCAUGAUAAGAUCGCGGGGAAAAAGAUUCUAUUUCAAAAGUAUGACAUUCAGUGUCUUGUUACCAGAUGAUUAAUGUGUUUUUUUGUGAAAGAUAAAUCAUCAAACAUUUUGUCUCAAAACUUUGAGUUUACCCAUUAAAUCUGCAGUAAACAGCAUAGUUUGGUAUCUGCUAAGUCUUUUACAAGAUUAUCCAAGUUAUUUUGCAUGGGUGAUUCUUUCGAGAACGUGCCAAGUUUACAUCGACUUUGUCCGGAUUGUUCGAGAGUAACAGGACUAGUAUAACUCGGGCUCCUGAUGACGAAUAUCACAUUUAAAAAGCGGCAUGGUGGUCUUCUAGACCUGUGGAAACCCCAUUUCUCAGCAGAAUAGCCCGUUUGUGGGCAUUUUCACUAUUUUUUAGUCAAACACUUUCAUGAACUGGUACCGUCAGAUUAGCUUCUAUAUGUGCAGAGCUAUAAAAUCACUAGCGGACAAAAAGUUUCAAAAUGUUAAAGUACGUUCUCAGGAAAAUGUUUAAAAAGGUCGUUUUUUCCGAAAAGUAGGCCUUUUUUGUAAACCAUUUCUCCCCCAUAAAAUCACAUCAACACAAGACCGCAGGUGUAGAAGACCACCAUGCCGUUGUUUUAAAUUUUUUUAAAUGUGAUAUUCGUCAUCAGGAGCCCGAGUUAUACUAGUCCUGUUACUCUCGAACAAUCCGGACAAAGUCGAUGUAAACGUGGUACAUUCUCGAAAGAAUCAUCCGUAUGACAAUGUCCUAAAAUUUCUUCAAUCAUCAUCAUAAUAAAAACAUGUUGUUACUCUUAGCAUCCAAAAUCCGUGUGACCAUAUAUUACGUGCAAUCGUCUUUCUAACCAGUACUUAUUCAAGAGAAAAUAUUCGACAAAUUCAUCAGUUACUGCUUUUACUCGAUAUAUUUCAUAAUUAAAUUAAACUUUCUUACUUUUUUUGUUGACGUACAAAUCAAUGCUUUCCAUUUUUGACCAUAAAAAUAUUUUUCAUUACAGAUAAUCUUAUCAACGAUCAGUAAUCGUGUUAGUGCGAGCAUCAGUUUUAAUAAUUGUUCAACAAUUUUAAACGAUAAAUUGAAAAUAUUUAAUUUAAAACAUGUUAAAUAUUGUAAGUGAACAAGACGAUGGUCAAAUGUACUGUUCAUCUGAAAACAUUGUUUUACAUUUAAAGAUCGUAUGUAUAUUAGGCACAUAUAAAAUUAAACUAAAUUGUUCAAUAUACAAAAACCAACUGUUAAAUAUUCGAUUGUUGAUAAUAAUCGAUUGUUUAAGAAUUUUAAUGUUGGAAUUUGAAAUAAUAAAAUUGAAAACAAACUUUUACAGCUAAAAUAUUCAAUUUUUGAUCUUAUACAAAUAUUCAUUUCCACUCUUAAAUUUUGAAGUUUUACUGAUUUUGGUUGAAAAUAAUAUUCCACAAUAUUUUCAUUCAUAUUAGAUCGUAUCAACGAACGAAGAUUAACACAUCUGUUAAAACUAAAUUUAUCACUAUUAGAAGUAUUAAAGUCGACAUGAUGCAGUUCGAGUCCGAUAAAUUGAUAUUGAUAUUAAGGCAGUAUACAUUGACGAUAGAGAGUAUAUUCAUUUUGAGGAACAAGAGAAGAUUUUGAAUAAAGUUGUAAAUGAAUGUUGUCAAUUAUCUGAUUGAGAUGAUAAUUUUGAUUAGAAAAACGAUUUGUGUAUAUGAUAAAUAUCGAUAUAUUCCAUUAUUUUCAAGAGCACAUCAUCAACUAAAUUACUCAUUUAUUUAUGAUUACUUAGUCACCCUCACCCACAAACGCAUGAUAGAAUAUAUUCAACUGUUGUUACAAAACAGUUCAAAAGAAUAAAUAAAUAAUAUAAAUCUUUUAUUAUUUAAAUAGACAUUGAACGUUAUAUUGUUGAAAAAGUUUAUUCAACAAAAAAUGAAUUUGAUCGACUGUAUAUCACAUACUUUGUUCCAUCAAAACUGUUGAAGAAACAAAAUAUUCUAAUGUUAAUAUUAAACCAUCUAAACUAAAGUCUGAUGAACACAUCUAAUUAAUGUUAAUGAAUUUGAGCCUGUUAGGUAUCAUAACAAAAAUAAUCAUCAUUUAAUGCGAGUGACAUUGUCUGAUGAAAUAAAAGUGGAACGAGAUAUUGAAAAUAAUCAUUUACCAUAUGGUACAAUGUUUGAAUCAAAUAUCGGGCAAAUUCGGCCAUCGUCUAAUAUUUGA